CUCCAACCGGAAACUCCGCCCACGUACCACCCUAACGCAGCGGCAGAGUCUCGCGAGACUGCUCAGGGAGUCCCAACUGAAGCUGCGGAGCGCGGGUCCCUGCCGCGGGAACUGACUGGGUAUUUCCGUUGUUGGUGUUUCGGCGCAGGAGUUAUAUAUUGAAGACAAUGUCUGGAAGCUUCUAUUUUGUAAUUGUUGGCCACCACGAUAAUCCAGUUUUUGAAAUGGAGUUUUUGCCAGCUGGAAAAGCAGAAUCCAAAGACGACCAUCGUCAUCUGAACCAGUUCAUAGCUCACGCUGCCCUUGACCUCGUAGAUGAGAAUAUGUGGCUGUCAAACAACAUGUACUUGAAAACGGUGGACAAGUUCAAUGAGUGGUUUGUUUCAGCGUUUGUUACUGCAGGUCAUAUGAGAUUUAUUAUGCUUCAUGACAUAAGGCAAGAAGAUGGAAUAAAGAACUUCUUUACUGAUGUCUAUGAUUUAUACAUAAAGUUUGCAAUGAAUCCAUUUUAUGAACCCAAUUCUCCUAUUCGGUCAAGCGCAUUUGACAGAAAAGUUCAGUUUCUUGGGAAGAAACACCUUUUAAGCUGAAUGCAGAGAAAUUCGGAAAUAAACAAUGUCACUACAAUGGGGUAUGCUCAGGAAUGUGUACAUUGUAAGUUACUUGAUUAAAUAGACUGGAAAAGUUUUACUUGUACUCUCAAUUUAUCUAAAACUAAUGAAAUUCCUUGUAUAUUUAACAAUAGUACAUUCGGUUCUUAGAAUUAUCAACAGAUCAACAUUUGCUUAUGAACAGUGUUAUUUAUAAAGGGCUGUAUUAGUAGUUUUGAAAUACCUUUAUUUUUUAAGUUGAGAAUAAGCUUUUGACUUUCCUCAUUCGGAUUGCUUGAUCUUGAUGUAACAAUCCAGAACCAAAUGUCAUUGUCAAGAUUUGGUAGACAGAUUUAAAACUAAAAGCGUCUGCAGUGAGGAAUGAAGUUGCUAGCACAUACAUGGGCUUAGCUAUACAUCUAGAAAUGUUAUAAAAAUGAACAGGCAGUAUACAUAGCACUACCCAAGAAGCCGAAGCAAACAGCUUUUGCAGUGCCAAAUGCCACAUGCAUGUCCCUGUGAGAGACUGGGAACAGUGAUCCUGCUGUCAUUCUAGAAUCCUGGAUCCGUGUUUAUAAAAUGGGAGCUUGGGACCAAAGUGACAGGUUAUGUCACUUAUAUUUACGAAACGAAACCUUGUAUUUCGUUUCCCUCAGUGUAUUAAAGAUGGAGUGAACCUGCUGAUAUCUGUACUAGUAAAGCAUUGUAAGGCAAUGGUAGCGUUAUAAACAAAGCAAAGCCUGCAUUACGUUGACAUUUGCACUCUUGGCCUUUCAGGCUGUGUACCAGACGGGGCGGGGUGGUCUCUUGUACUGUAACAAGUGUGGGAUCCUACUGUGAACGAGUAAAUGUCAAUUGAAAACCAACAAAAAUAACCAGAUACUUUCUACGCUAAUUAUAAGCACUUGAAUUUUCUUCUAUUCUGAAUAACUUGAGCAAGUAAUUCUAAGUUUGGUCUUGUAUCUUUGUGAAGUUGCUACCAUGAUUUUUUACCCCAUCUAUUUAUUUGAUUUCUUAAAUAAAGAUGUUUGUCCAAGA